AUGUCCAAUAAUGAAAAUGAAUUGAAAAAUAAUUUUAAAAUGAAGAUGGAAAUUGAUAAUGAUAAUAACAAUAUAAAUAAUGAUAUGAAAACUGAUGUUAAUAUUGAAGCAAUGCUAAAUAGUAUAAUAAUACCUGUGUCUAUAAACAACAGAAUAACUAUAAGAAAAGGAAUGACUUAUACAAAGUUGAUCAGAUAUUGGAAUCAAUCAAAAGUGCAAAAAUCUGGUGAUAAUUGGAAACUAAACCAAAUAUUAGACAUAUUAGAUCAAAUAAAAAAAAGAGGAUUCUAUAGUCGAUCUAUUUUGAUCAUAUGA